AUUCCAUAAGAUCUUAUAUUAUCUUAUAAUAAGGUCUUGUAUGAUCAUAUCGUAAGACCUUAUUACAAGAUUUCACAAGAAAACAUCAGAUCUUGCAAGGUCUUACAAGACGUGUUUCACCUGGGUAUUUCUUCAUAGAUAAUAUGAUUGUAGUUAUUGGUUGGUAUUACUUGAAACUACUUAUAAUUAAUUACUAAUCUGACGGCAAAAAAGUGUAUUUAUGGAAAAAAAUUACGACGAGGGUAAUAAGAAUGCUUUCGAUAGAUUCGCAGUAGUCGGAAAUUUGUUUGAUACAGCAUACAGAAUAGAAGGUUAGGUUGAAUGUUCUAUAAAACAAGCACAUGUUGUCUUCUGGACACUAACUGUAGAGGAAAGAAAAUUGUUCUCUUUCCUUUUAAAUACAGUUCAGGAGGGUGUUUCAUAAAAAUUCUUAAGUGCUUGACUUAACUGAGUCUAGACCUAAGUCAGACUUAAGUCUUCAUUUUAUGCACUUACGUGUUAAUUUUAUACACUUAAGUCUGGCUUAAGCCUAGACUCAGUUAAGUCAAGCACUUAAGAAUUUUUAUGAAACAUCCUUCCGGAUGGGAAAAACUAAAAACUUAAUUUCCUAAUUAUCAAGACUUUUUUAUUUAAAUAAAGUUGAUAUUUAUGAUCUGAAUAGAAAACUGAAUCAAAUCAUAUCAAUUUUGAUUAGUUUUGUUUCACUUUUUUCUUCGAUCUUUGUACCAGAAACAGACUUGUACGACAUCGUUUUCCUUCUUUUCCUUUCGUUUAAUAUUUCCACCAAUAGGAAAGUGAGACCCAAAACAUACUCCACGUAUCCUUAUAUACUGCAAUUAUUCACGGCUGAAAGAAAGCAACUUCUGCUCUGUUUUCUAUGGUCAAGAUACGCUAGGGCUGACAGCUAGGCAACACAUCAUCGUGUGUUUAUGUUAAUUGUGGUCAUUUAGGCCUAACAUUUAGUCCUAGUGUAUCUUGACCCUUUUCUAUGCUGACUGGUUUGAAUUCCUUAUGUUUAGUAGAAACGAAGAGUUACUAUGCAAUCUUUCUAGCGCAUUGCACCAUAUGCUAGCGGUCUAAGUUAGUGAAUUUAGCUUUUUUCGUAUAUGCACAAGAAGCCAGACAAGACGAGAACUUGAACUUCUUUUUCCUUUUUGGUUGUCAGUUUAUGGUAGAAGAGUUGUAGGAUUAAGGUACCAAAACAGAAAAAGUAAGUACAUUAAUCAAUAACGAUGAUGAGUCAUUGAUCAGUAGUUCACAUAGCAAAUAGCACUUUUUCCUUCUUUUUCAAAACGCGCCUUUAAGAGAAGGGAAGUAGCAAGAAAUACAUCUUAAUGGCGGUCUUGUAGAGUUAUAUCACGACCGGUUUUAGCUUAUCACAUGUUUAACAGUAGUGUGUAGGCCCAUGAGAAAAACCUCUUAUUUCAUGCGCUUCUGAUGCGCUGGAAUGACACGUUGAUUGGAUGAAGAUAUCAGAGAAGUGAAGUGGCACAUUUGGCUAUCGAAUGUUUUCUUUUUUUGAAUGCUUGUCAUGGUAUGUGCAAUGUUUUGACCAAAAAAUACUAUAUCUUCGGUUUCGUAGUGAGACAGUACACUCUCCAGUUUCUAAUAAGACCGCUCUUCCAGAUGCGAUGCAUGAGAUUAUUGUUCGUCAAACUACUUUCGAAUAUUCAUCGCACAAGCAAUCCGUCAUUCUUCUACGCACAAUUGAGCGCAUGCAUGGUGCGGAUCUGUUAUUGCUUCCUGACGUUUUUCGAUGACAGCAUUCUCAGUCAUGUCCAGCAUUUUAAUAAGAAUUCUGAGUAGAGUGGGCUUUUGCAGUGUAUCGCCGUAUUUUCUGCAUACUCUGUAUUAAUAACAGAGUGGAAACUAACGUUUCAAAGUAGAAUUUAUUUUACUCUCGCUUGAUCGAAAUCAAUAAAAAUGCUGCUUCUUCCCGAUAAACAAAUUUUCACGCAAAAAUCGAGAAAGUGGUAAAAGAUCUAAUAUAAGCUAAACAGUUUUGGCACUCAUAAAUGUCUGAAUAAACAAAUAUUAAAUUUUAGUGUCUCGAUUUAUCUGUUUAUUUGUUACAUGUUUUGUAGAUAUAAUAUUUCGAAGCUUUCAUAACUAGUGACUUUAAAUUUCUACAGUAAAUGAUACAAUGAGAGAAAAAGAAAAAAAGGAUAACCAGGUGGCAACUAAGACGUUGUCAAUUGAACAUAAUGUUGUUUCUGAUUCAGUUGACCUAUAUGAUGAAGAAGAUUCACGUACAGUACGUCAAAGUAAACGUUUAAAAAUGAUAAACACGGUAACAUCAGCUAAAAUACUUUCUAGAACAAUAGUCGUACCCAUUAAAAGAAAAAUAUCAACGAAAGUUUCAAAAGCGAUAACUAAUGGUAAUAUCAUGAAAUUUAACAAAAGCAAUAAAACAUCAACUAAAAGUGAAAUGAUUCCACCUGCGGAGAAUGAACCUACGUGGAAACAAGAUUUAAACCUACAACUAGCGUCUACUGAAUUAAAUAAAACCGGCAUGAAAUUGGGUUAUCCAUGUAUUAAUACAAGCCUUUGCACACCAAAUCAUACGUUUCGGUUAGCUGCGCUAACAGAUGAAAAAUGUUACGAAAUUUCGGAACAAAAUAUUCAUUGUUUAACAGAAAUUCUUAAAUACAAUAUUGGGAAUGGUUAUCGAUUUUUUCGAAUCGGAUCUCAAACAAUUCCAUUUGCUAGUCAUAAACAGUGUACAGCUAAUUGGUCUUUGAAAUUUGCAGAUAAACUGCGUAUGAUUGGUCAAUUAAUUCGAGAUAAUAAUAUGAGAAUUAGUAUGCAUCCUGAUCAAUUUGUUUUAAUUAAUGCUUUGUCAGAUGAUAUUGUUAAAAGAAGUAUUGAUGAAUUAACCUACCAUUGUACAUUACUUGAUUGUAUGGAAUUAAAUUCAACUGCCAAAGUUCAAAUUCAUGUUGGCGGUAUUUAUGGAGAUAAACUUGCCGCAAUGGAUAGAUUUAUUGAAAAUUAUAAAUUUAAAUUAACGGAUCAAAUUCGAAAACGUAUGGUAAUUGAAAAUGAUGAUCAUCUAUUCUCUGUUAAAGAUUGUCUUUAUAUUCAUAAACAUACAAAUAUUCCAAUAUUAUUUGAUAAUUUACAUCACGAUUGUUUGAAUAAUAAUGAGUCAAUGUUAGAUGCUAUGCAGGCAUGCUUUAAUACAUGGAAUAGUGAACACGAUGGUGUGCCAAUGAUUGAUUAUUCAACACAACAGACUGGAAAAAGAAUUGGUGCUCAUAUUUCACAUAUUGAUGAAAAACAUUUUCAAAAUUUUAUUAAUGAAACAAAAGAUCUUCAUUUUGAUAUUAUGCUAGAAAUAAAAGACAAAGAACAAAGUGCUAUUUUAGCGUUAGCUCACGCAUCGAAAAUACGAGCAAAUUUCAAUAUUAACGCAGAUGAUUAUCGAUAUAUAUACGAAAAUGCUCAAAAAAAAAAGAUAACUGCCGAAGAACAAAAGCAAAUGAGACAACAAUUGCGUGAAGCGAAGAAAGAACAACAACUUCAAAAGGAGAAAAAUCAAACUAAAAAUGAAUUAAAAAAAAAGAAAAGAAAACAAUCAAAUAUUACAAGUGAUGAUGAUGGUGAUGAUCAACAAACGGAUGAUUUAUUUCAUACAGGUGCGAGUGAUGUCGCCAUAAAAACCAAAAUAAAAAAACGAAAAACUAAAUGA